AGAGGCAGUUGUUCACUAAGAAUACAGAGAGAGUGCAAGAAUACCAUUUCUUAUUAGAAGAAAAUUUAAUUAGGUGCCAUUAUCCCUUUUUAUAAGAAGAAAGCAGUUGGUAAAAUUAUGUCAGUUCUGUACAUUAACUACAUUUAGUAAUAUAAUCCAAAUAAGUGUUGCAUAUUUUAGUUUUCACAUCACUGUUCCCAUCUGGUAGGUGAUACCUGUACCAAUGCAUUGAGCCUGAAAUUCACAGUCAGAUUCCUGUGACUGAAUCUGAAGAUGUAAGGAUCAUGACUGCAAAUGUGGUUUGCCUUGGAACAUUCUCUGCAGUGAAGACACUUUGGGAAGUGAGAAUACACAAGAUAAAUGAAGAAUUACAGAAAGAAAAGGAGUUCAGACAGAGGUCUGCAGGAAGGCUAUUGCUUGUCUGGGAGGAGAGAGCUGCUUUAGCAAAGCUCAAAGAAAAGGUUAUUAAUGAAGGUGGAAGAGCAAUUUUAAGGAUAGAGGAAGAAGAAUGGAAGACACUACCUUCAUGCUUACUGAAACUACUCCAUCUCCAGGAAUGGCAGCUUCAUAGAACUAGUUUGCAGAAAAUUCCUCAGUUCGUCGGAAGAUUUCACAAUCUUGUUGUCCUGGAUCUAUCCCGGAACUCAAUUGAAAGUGUACCUAAGGAAAUUGGCCAGCUGACUAGCCUGCAAGAGCUGCUGCUCAGUUACAACAGAAUAAAGUCUGUUCCUAAGGAAAUAAGCAGCUGCGUCAGUUUGGAAAGAUUGGAGCUGGCUGUCAACAGGAAUAUCUGUGAUCUUCCUCCUCAGCUCAGUGAUUUAAAGAAGCUUUCACAUGUAGAUUUGUGCAUGAAUCAAUUUACUGCCAUCCCUUCAGCUCUCCUCAACAUGCCGAAUCUAGAAUGGUUAGAUAUGGGAGGAAAUAAACUCCAGGAGCUUCCUGAUGCAAUUUACAGAAUGGAAAAUCUCCACACUUUAUGGCUCCAAAGGAAUGAGAUAAACUCGUUGCCAGAAACCAUUGGUAAUAUGAAGAAUCUUAGUACUCUUGUUCUUAGCAACAACAAACUAAAAGAUAUUCCAGUUUGUAUGAAGGACAUGGCAAACCUGAGAUUUGUCAACUUUAGAGACAACCCACUGGAGUUAGAAGUAACACUCCCUCGGUGUGAAAAUAAAGAGGAGGAGGAGGAACAGGAAAUGUUUGGUAUUGAAUUCAUGCACCUGUAUAUCCAGGAGUCACUCAAGAAAACAGGAAAUCUGGAAAGUUGUACUUCUGGUUCUUCCCUAAAUGCUAAUGAAUAAAGCAGGUAACUGUGGAAGAAGCUAACAAUUUGACUUCUUCCUAGCAAAAAGGCCUACAACAGGUUUAAAAUUUUCUUACAGAUUUUAUUUUUCAGCUGAUGAGAAUUGGUGUGAGUAUUUGUAAUUCCCAGUGAACCUGGGAAAUAAAAACCUUUUCCUGGGUACAGGAUACAUGAAGCCACCUCUCUCUUAUCACUCUUAGAACAUUUUGGUGCAGGCUCUUCAUUUUCUCUAUCAUAGCAAGCAUCUCAAAGCAAGAU